UUUCUCGUGCUGCAGAGUCGUUCUGCGGCGAGACCGAUUCAGGCUGUUACAAUUUGUUCCGGGAUAAAAAUUGAACGUGCCGUCUUCUUUACCUUUACGGAGGCACUUUUUGAAAUACCUAUUACAAGUGCAAACAGAAGGAGCUCCUCUGACUACUGCAGGAUGCGUGAUUUAUAAAGGUAGAUUUAAUCAGAGGAGGGUCAAAAGAUGAAUGGUGUGUCAGUACUGCAAUUUUGUCUCAAUUCCUGUGAGCAAUGGGGGGGAAAAAAAAAGAAAGAGAGAGCGAGCGAGAGAGAGAGAGAGAGACUGGAGCCAGGAGACAAACUGAUGAAGGGAUUAAUAUGAAGGGAAGUUGAGAGGUACGGAGAGGAGGUGGAAGAAAAAACAUCUGAGAUGUGCGAGGCAAUGACGGUAAAGACUCCUGAGAAGAGCUGACCCACUUUACAAGCAGAAUGGCGAGCGCUAGAGAUUGACGUCAAUGCUGCCCCGGCUGACACUGCAGAGUCAUUUCUUCAGGAUCAUCAGUAAGGAUGCUUUGCUUGCUGUGCGUCACAGUGCUGACCCUGGUCCUGCAACCAGUACUUUCCCUCUAUAACUGCACCUCUAUUUAUGAGAGGGUGCCAAAUAAUGAUGACCUAAGGGUGCACUGUGGGGUAAACUCUAUCAACCUGGAGGUUAACCUUUGCACAGCACAGUGGGCUGGCUUUGACCCUAUGGGCCUGGCCCUGAAUGGCAUGCACAAUAAUACCCAGUGCAAAGGUACUAUAGACACAAGUGUGGACCCUCCUGUCAUCCGGUACCAAUUAGCUGUCAAUGACAGUCAGGGCAACUUGUGUCGGCAGUCACUUCAGAUUGUAAACGAGGUUCCCAGUGCCUCUGGACCUUUCAGCCAGUUCUCCACCAUCCAGUCAGUCAUCAUCACCAGCUACAUUGAUACCCCAACCUCCUCAUCAGGGGUUGUCAGCUACUCCACUGACCUCUUCUAUCAUUUCACUUGCCGUUACCCUCUGGAAUACCUCAUUAACAACACUGAGAUAGUGGCGUCAUCGGUCUCAGUGGCCACGAAUGACAAAAAUGGAAGCUUUAUUGAUACUCUCAGCAUGAGCGUGUACAAUGAUACUACAUUUUCCUACCAAUUGGUGGUUCCACCUAGUGGGCUACAACUGCGCACAAAGGUCUACGUAGAGGCCAAAGCAGUUAAUCUUUCGGGGAACUUUAAUCUUCUCAUGGACCACUGCUUUGCAACUCCAUCACCUUACACCACCAACAACAGCGAGCAAUUUGACUUUUUCACUGUAUGUAACUCUGACUCCCGGACAUCUAUCCUGAGCAACGGAGUCUCCAAAAUCGGCAGGUUCUCCUUCGAGGCGUUUCGUUUCGUGGAGCAUCGCAACCAAGACAAGUCCAGCAUCUUCAUUCAUUGCAUUUUGAGACUCUGUGAGCCUGAUAAAUGCCUGAACAUUAUCAAUGCUUGCAACGGCAGAAAAAAGCGAGCUGUAGAAGCGGUGCCUGGACAAGCCACCACGACUACAGUGUCAAUGGGGCCACUUUAUACAGCUGCCCUAACUGCAGAGCCAACUGCUUCUGCAUAUGCAGGAGACAACGGACAGUCCAAUAAAAGUCCGAAUAACAUGGCUGGGAUGGUGGUCGGGGCGAUAUUUGCCUCUGCUGGUGCACUGCUGCUCGUUCUCGCUGGAUGGUUUGUGCUGAAGAAGGUUUGGUAGGAUGGUGACGUACUUUACGUUUUCAAAUGAAGGAGCCAACAGCCGGUCAGCUGCUCUGCGCAUAAUCAGUCAAAUCCGAUUUACAUGAUUAGCUUAGUAUAUCAUAGCACUUUAAUGAAGCACAAAAUGUGCUCGUGUAUGUUAAA